CGAACGCAUACAGCACGUACAGCAUGGAUUUCCUAACGCUGAUCAAUGUUCUUGAGCAGGCAAACAGCUCAGAGAGAACAGCCAAUCAGAAGCUCGCAGAAAACCAACUGAAAGAAUGGGAAAAGCAGGAAGGAUUCCACUUCCUGCUCCAGUCUGUUUACAAUGACCUUUCACUCCCAUUGCAAACACGUUGGCUGGCAAUUAUCAGCUUUAAGAAUGGUAUUGAGAAGUACUGGAGGUCAUCCCGUGUGAAGGCCAUUAGCGAGGGUGAGAAGAGCCAGAUAAAAGAACAUUUAUUUGAUCUCAUUGACGAGCCUAACAAGCAGCUGUCUAUUCAGAAUGCACAGGCGAUUGCUAGAAUAUGUCGUUGUGACUUCCCUCAUCAUUGGCCUACACUCUUUGACGAUAUCGAGCGAAUCCUACAACAGGCAAUUGGUGAGAGCAACAACAUCAAGAUUCACAACCUACUCAUUAUGCUGAACCAAGUGAUCAAGAGCCUGUCCAUGGCGAAAAUAGGCAGAACUAGGCCGGCAUUACAGAGUAAGGCUCCAUUAAUCACGCCAUUGUUGAUCAAACUGUACACUUCUUACUUCAAUGAAUGGACAGAUUCCAUUGAUUUCGGUAUCAUGGAGGUUGGUUACUUGACACUAAAGGUUAUGAGAAGACUCAUCACAGAUGUGUACGACCAUCCUAGUCAAACUCCUGAAAUUGUAGACUUCAUGUCUCUCUCUGUUCAUCAUUUCGAAUUGCUAGUACAGAACUAUGAUAAGUACUCCCCUUCUGAAAUUUUUGAAAAGUAUAUCAAAUGUUAUGCCAAAAUCUACUACCUUCUGUGCAAGGCAAACGCAACACAUUUGAUCUUAUUUCCUUGCUCAAAGGAAAUACUGUACGCUUUGUUACGCCUGCUACACGAUAAGGCGGAAAUUGUUUACAAGAACGACAUUGACGAUGAUUCAGGUGCUAUCUGGGAGUUUUUGGCCAUAAAGACUCUGCUCAUCUUCAAAAUCAUGAUCAAUUUUGUCUUCAACCGUGGAACUGUGCUUACCUUGAAAGCGAAAUCCAGCAAAAGUGACGUGGAAAAUGCUAUCAAACUGCUAACCACGGGGUUCUUCACAGAAUCGAUGAUAAAAUCAAUCACAGACUUGUUGAUUACAUACUACAUCAAGUUGAAGCCUAGUGAUUUGGAGUCAUGGGCUACAGAACCUGAAGAGUGGACCAAUGAUGAAGUUAAUCAGAACUACGAGUACCAAAUCAGACAAUGUGCUGAGAACUUCUUCCACGAUAUCAUGAUCAACUUCAAAGGGCUGUUAGUCCCAUAUGUGCUGGGCAAAGUCCAAAACGACAUGGCAAACUACAACGAAGUUUCUGUUAAUAACAUCUUGGUCAAGGACUCCAUUUUCUCUAUAUUUGAACUCAGUGCCCACUCGAUCCAUGACCAGAUCAAUUUCAUGGAUCUGUUUGACCGUAUCUUUCUUCCAGAGGCAUUGAAGAACGAUCUAUCCGAGAACAGAAUUCUUAAGAGACGUGUGUGUCUGUUGAUCAAUGAAUGGCAUGAGCUGGGUGUGUUCUCUGAAGAUGCCAUGCAGAAGGUUUAUAACCUCUUACUGACCUUUUUGGAUUCCCAAAAUCCUAUCAAUGACAAGGUAGUCAAGCUAACAGCUAUCCAGGCACUGAAAACCAUCAUCACUGAUUGGGACUUCAAAAAAGAAGGAUUUGCCUCUUUUAUCAAGCCAUUCAUUGAGCACUUACUUAGACUGACAAAUGAGAUGGAGCUUACCGAAUCAAAGUUGUUCCUCUUGAAUGCCACUGCUGAAUUGAUCAAUAGAACGAACCCGUUGAUCUCGGAGACUGAACUAAAUGACCUUUUAGCUGCGGUUCCUCAUUUCUGGGAUAACUCCAACAAUUCGAAUCAGUUGAUUUUGAAGAACAGCUUGCUCAGAAUUCUCAUGAAUCUCGUGAUCUCACUGAACCAGAACUCAAACAGAGCAUGGGACAUAUCGCUUCCUCUGGUUUCGGUCUGCUGCUCACCAAGCUCUGAGUACCACCCGUGGGUAGCUGAAGAUGGGUACGAGCUAUGGCUUGCGAUUCUGCAAUACUACCCUAACUCUCAGAGCUUGGACAUGAACAGCUCACUGGUGAAUGAUCUACAGAGCUUCUACUUGCAUGCACUGAACAACCAAACCGAGAUCCUGCCAAUGAUCUUGGAGAUUCUCAGAAGUUAUACAAUUCUUCUUCCAGAUAUGUUCAUUGCAGACAACACACGCUCAUUUACCCUUGAGGUUCUCAGAGUGUUGGCAAAAUACUUGCCUCAGAUGAGAGACGAUGCUCUUGAUAUAAUGCUGUCUUACUUGGAGAUCUUCAUUCUAGAGAACUACUCUGAAACUGCAAAGUUUGAGAAACUAUUGUCACUUCUUAUGGAGUCUCGUCUUUUACCAACCAUCAUAGAGAAUAUCUUGGAUGACAACCAAUCACACAUCACAGUUGGUAAGUUGCUCUUGAGUAUUGCUCGUCUCACAUAUCUAGAACCACAGAAUUUCAUCCAGGUGUUCCACUAUCUCUACACUUCUGAAACCGAAUUGAAGGCUGCACUCCGCAAAUUCAUGAUGGUGUGGUAUGCCAGAAUGGAUGCCAACAUCAGUAACCCAAGAAAUAGAAAGAUACACGUUCUUGGUCUGACAUCGCUAUUACGCACCGGUGAUGAAAUCUUCCUGGAAGAUUUGGCACCAUUGGUUGCGUUAUGGGUUGCUUCCUUGGAAGAAGUACACGAAAAGUCCAACACCGGUGACUGUGAGAUUUACCACUCCAAUUAUCUCUACGAAUUCAAGUAUGGCAAUGAUCUGGUGAUUCAGGAGAACGGUGAGUAUAACAGGUUUCAGCAACUGUUCAAGAUGUAUGAUCCUGUACAUAAUAUCAUCCUGAAGGACUACAUCAAUAGUUCUUUAAGUGUCGUCAAGAUGAGAGUCGGGGACGCCAACUUGAACAACUACAUCAAUCGCCUGGAUAAGAACCUCGUUUCCAAUUUCGAAUACUUCAUGGGUCUAUCUACAUAGCUGUAUAUUGCAUAAAUAUGUUCCAUCCAAAAUCAAACUAUCGUAAUG